GAAGAGCAAGAGAGGAGGAGUAGAGAAGAGAAGGAGGAGAGAGUGGUGGAGAGUUUUUUUUCAGUUUUGUGAGAGCGACUGAAGAAUGCAUGUGGCUGCUCUCUCUCUCUACCUCUCGCCUUUCUCUCUCUCUCUCUCUCUCUCUCUCUCUCUCCGUCUGUCACUCUCUCUUUCUUUCCUGUCUCUUCCUCUCUUUCCUCCUCCCUCCUUUCCAAAGUGGACGUCAGACACAGACACGCACACUGGACUCUUUCUUCUCUCUUUCCCUCACUCUGUCUGAGCCGCUGUAAUGCCCGUGGUUGGAGUAGCCUCUAAGCUGCGGCCACCGUUGGCCGGUGCCCGGCCCGUACACACCGCUCUGCCCAUCCCAAACCCCGCGGGUCAGAGGUCAGGGGGAAGGGGGCAGGGGCCAAACUGUCAGCUGUCAAUCAAAACGGAGCUACAGGAGAGUUCGAACCGAGAGGCGGAGGAGAGGAAGAUCUGUAAGAUCUACACUGACUGGGCAAAUCAUUACCUAACCAAAGCAGGCUGUCCCCGCCUCAUAAAGGACCUGACCCAGGAUAUCCCAGACGGAGUUCUACUGGCACAGAUCAUCCAAAUUAUAGCUAAUGAGAAAGUGGAGGAUAUUAACGACUGCCCCAGGACUCAUACUCAAAUGAUUGAGAAUGUGGAGGCUUGCUUGACGUUUCUAGAGGCCAGAGGAGUCAGCGUACAGGGCCUAACUGCUGAAGAGGUGUGUAAGGGGAACCUGAAGAGCAUCCUGGGAUUGUUCUUCAUCCUGUCCCGCUAUAAGCAGCAGCAGCAGCAGCAGCAGCAGUACCUGCAGUCUCUGGUAGAGCUACAGCAGCAGGUCACACACCAAGCCACUGGGGCAGUGCCACUGAGCUACAAAACACAAGACAUGCAGUCCAGUCUUACGGCACGAUAUGCAAGCCCAACAGCUCACAGUGGAAUAGCAGCUCCUCAGAAGAAAAACACAAGGUUGCCAGGUCCCUCCAGAUCCCCCGCUGCAGGCAGUGCGGGCAGCAGCAGCAAAGCUCCGGCCUCAGCCACCGCUCUGAACCGCAGGAGCCAGAGCUUCAACAGCAUCGACAAGAGCAGACCACUGCAGUAUGCCAGCGGAAACGACAGAGAAUCAGUGAAGUCCAUACCUCUAGCAGGCAGCAUGAACGGCAGUACCAGUGGCCAGCAGCUGGCCUCAUCCAUCCCUUCCCCGACCGCAGGCAAGGCUUGGCGCAGCAAGUCCAUGAACAUGAAGCACAGUGCAACCUCCUCCAUGCUGGCCACCAGCCCCACAUCCUCUCCACCUCCUCCGUCCGCUGCUGACCGCCAACGGCCUGCGCUAAAUGAUGCCUCCAAAUCAGCCCCUGGGAACCAGCGGUCCAUGCUGGAGAAGUUUCGCCUCAUAAAUCCACGUUCUGCAUCCAGGACUUCGCCUUCCAUGGCUGAAAUGGCUCUACAAGAAGAAGAUGAUUUGUCAGAAUAUGGAGAUGAAGGGUCUUGUAGCCCAGUGCCAUCCAAUGGAGUGUCCAAGCAGCAGGGCAAGACACCCGCAUCCUCUGUCUUGACCCAAAACAAGAGCACAGCUAGCGUAACUGCUACUACUGCUAACAGUCAAAGUAGUAGUACCAAUACCAACAAGAACGCCUUAAAGUCUCUUCCCCAGCCUAAAGACAAAGAGGAGAAGAGCAAAAGCAAAAGUAAAGCCAGCAGUCCACCUAAAGAAGAACCAGCACCUGUAGAACCUGCUAAGAAGACGUCCAGAAUUGCUAGCCUGAUCCCUAAAGGAGGUAAGACGCCCACAGCAAAGAAGGAAAGUGCGAUCCCGGCUUCCAGCGGCAUCCCUAAACCUGGGCUAAAGGCUCCGGCAGCUUCAGCCAACACCAAGUCUGCAGGAGGUCAGCCCGGCCUGGCGGGAGCGCCGGUUAAAGAAGGUGGAGAGAAGGCAAAGAGCGGCAAAGGAGGACAGGCGUACUACAUGCAGCGUCUGGAAGGCAGGAAGAGCAGCAUGGUUUCCUCCACCAGUACUUCUGCUCUUUCUGGUUCUACUGCUUCCACCGUUGGAGGAGGAGGGGUGCUGGGGGGCAAUGGAGCAGUACAACUACCCCAGCAACAGCAGCACAAUCACCCCAACACAGCAACCGUUGCACCUUUUAUAUGCAGGACGUACUCAGAGAACGACUGUACUGCAGUAAUUGAGCCCUGCCUCAGUCCCACUAAAGAACUCAUCUACAGCAAAACAGCCAAACAGUGCCUAGAGGAGAUAUCAGGUGAGGACCCCGAGACAAGACGAAUGCGGACGGUAAAGAACAUUGCUGACCUCAGACAGAACCUGGAAGAAACCAUGUCCAGUUUACGUGGGACACAGAUCAGCCAUAGCACUCUAGAGACAACCUUUGACACCACCGUGACCACAGAGGUAAAUGGGCGCGGCCUCCCCUCCCUCUCCAGUCGCUCAUCGCCUAUGGCCUGGCGGCUCGGCCAAUCACAGAGCCCUCGUCUGCAGGCGGGCGAUGCCCCCUCCAUGCCUGGUUAUGCCCCACCCAGGUCUGGCGCCACCGGGGCGACUGGUCGCUAUGGUGAUGCCUCACGGUUCGUCUACUCGGCACCACUGAGGAGGGCGGCGACAUCAGGGGGCAGAGGGGCGGAGCCAGGGGAGAAGGGCAUGCCCUCAGAGGUGGGACCAGAGGGGGAUGUAGGUGGAUACAUGAGUGACGGCGACAUACUGGCCAAGAAUGUACGGGCUGAUGAUGUCACCAGUGGGUAUCUGACAGAUGGGGGUAUUCACCUGUACUCCCGCAGUGUGAGCCGCCCUGAGCUGCCGUCCACUCGAGAGGUCAUCCACAGAGGGGUUAGAGAGCAGGGGGAUGCUGACAGUUGGGAUGACAGUAGUUCAGUCAGCAGUGGUCUGAGUGAUAAUCUGGACAACAUCAGCACAGAUGACCUGAACACUCCGGCAUAUUCCGCAGUCUCCACCCGCAAGAGCAAAGGAGCGCAGUCCCACAAAGACAGGCACUGUGAUCAGAAUGACAGCAGCUGGACUGGAGCUGAAGAGCUGAAGAAGGUUGAUGAAGAAAUGGAGGCCAUGGACUCUUCCUCCAGAUGGAAACCUUCAUCCUCUUCCUCAGCACAGGGGGAGGAGGGGGGGCAGAAGGGUUCAUCACACACAACUGCAACACACACUUCAGCGACACACACAGGCUCGUGGAGGAGGGGCAUGAGCGCCCAGGCUGGCAUCACUCCUCCACGGACCAAAAGCACCACCACCACUACCUCCAUCAAGACUACAGGUAAAACAGAUGAUGCUAAAGCUUCAGAGAAAGGCAAAUCUCCAUGUAAAUCCCCCAGCAUCCAGCGCUCCCCCUCAGACGCGGGCAAAAGCAGUGGGGACGAAGGCAAGAAGCCCCCGUCUGGUAUUGGCCGGCCUCCAGCCACAGGAUCCUUCGGAUUUAAGAAGAUUCCGGGUCCUUCGGGGCCGCUAGUCACAGCCAGCGGUGCUACGCUGGGUAGCGGCUCAGCUACUUUGGGAAAAAUGCCCAAAUCUGCAGGCAUGGGGAAGGGUGGAGCCGGGAGGAAAACAAGCCUGGAUGAAUGCCAGCCCCAAGACGAUGGUGUCCUGCUGGGGGUUGGGGGGUCAAAAGUCACGCUGCAAUAUCGGUCCCUUCCUCGACCAGCCAAAUCAUCCAGUGGAAUUGGAGGGGUGGCAAGGAGUGGCUAUCGCUCAAGCUCCAGCAGUAUAGACUCCAAUGUUAGUGGAAAGUCAGCAGGAGGGGGUGGGGCUGGAGGUGGAGCCAGUGGAGGAGCUGGAGGUGGAGUUUCAGGAGGCUCUAAGAGGAGAGAUGGAGGGAAAGUUGGAUCAGGACGUUCGAGCCCAGUCACUGUAAACCAGACAGAUAAAGAGAAAGUAGCUGUAUCUGACCAGGAGGGGGCAGCACUGUCCACAUCCCCAAAAUCCAGCCCAACGUCAUCAGGACUGAGACAGCCUGGGUCAAAAUACCCGGACAUCGCUUCACCCACCUUCCGCAGGUUGUUUGGCAGUAAGGCGAGCAGUAAGCCCAGUUCUCCUGGGACACCUGACUCCGGUAAAUGCCCGUCUGCUUUGGGGAGCCCCCAUGCCACGCUCGCCCGCCAGCCCAGCCUGGACUCGCCCUCCUCAGGCACGGGCAGCCUGGGCAGCAGCAUAGGGGGACACAGUGGGCACAGCGGGGGCCGGACACCAGAGCCUGGCAUGGAUUCACUUGCCUCCAGCCCCGCCUCCGCCCUCUCCCUGCCCUCGAAUGCCCGCCCCUGGCCCCCCACCCUCAGCAGCUCCUCAGCUGGGAGUAAAGAAACACUGAGCUGCCAGAGUCUGACCAGCUUACACACCAGCUCCGAGUCCAUAGACCUUCCCAUCCCCCACCAUCACCAUCACACCCCCAAAGUCACACGCACCGGCAGUGUUAAAUCCACACUCUCAGAGGGCAUGACUCUUGACAGAAACACUCUGCCCAAAAAAGGACUAAGACACCCUCCCUCUUCCAGACAGACGUCCCAUGAUGAAGGGAAAGAAUGGUUGCGCUCUCACUCCACCGGAGGGCUGCAGGACACAGGAAGUCCACUAUCACCCCCUGGAUCCACUGGCACUAGUGCAGGAAAAUAUCACUAUUCCAACUUAUUGAGCCCCACCAGUAUGUCCCAGUAUCCCCUGUCCAGUGGCAGCAUGAGCCGCUCUAAUAGUAUUCCAGAGCAGGACCGGUUUGAGCUGUUUGCUGACGGUCGAGCGCUGGGUGGCAGUGCCACCUCACUGGAGGAACGACCACGAGCCAUGAGCCGAUCUGGAUCAUUCCGGGACAGUACAGAUGAAGUCCAUGGGUCAUCUCUGUCUCUGGUCUCCAGUACCUCCUCCUUGUACUCUGCGGUGUUCUCCUUUCUGGGCAAGACAGAGGAAAAGGCCCACUCUGAGGGGCAAACAGUCCGAAAUACCACGCAAAUCAGAAAGCUGCGACGGGAGCUGGACGCAUCCCAGGAAAAGGUUGCAGCCCUGACAUCCCAGCUGGCAGCCAAUGCACAUCUGGUAGCAGCGUUUGAGAAGAGUUUGGCGAACAUGACCUGCCGCCUACAGAGUCUAACCAUGACAGCAGAGCAAAAGGAGUCAGAGUUGGUGGAGCUCAGAGAGACUAUAGAAUCCCUAAAAACUCAGAACACUGAUGCUCAAACUGCCAUUCAGGUUGCUCUCAAUGGACCAGACCACGUGCACAGAGAUCUGAGGAUCCGUCGGCAGCACUCCUCUGACAGCAUGUCCAGCAUUAACAGUGCGGCCAGUCACUCCAGCAUGGGCAGCAGUAAGGAUGCUGAGGACAAGAAAAAGAAGAAGAAGAGCUGGUUGCGGAGCUCCUUUAAGCAGGCAUUUGGAAAGAAGAAAAGCUCGAAGCUGCAGGCGGCCCAUGAUGAGCUGGAGGAAGUGACCGACUCACUGCCUGCAUCCCCUAAACUACAGCACAGCGACAUACAACAGGGAAGCACACAAACUUUACACACUUCACCAUCAACUACAGAAAAAUGUGUGUGUGAUAGCAAGUCUUCCCCCAUUUGGACCCCAAAGAAAAGGCAAAACGGCCAUGUGGUCUACAAGCACAGAUCUCGACUGUGUGAGUGUACAGAAGCAGAGGCGGAAAUCAUUCUGCAGUUGAAGAAUGAGCUGAGGGAGAAGGAGCUGAAGCUCACUGAUAUCAGACUGGAGGCCCUAAGCUCCGCCCACCACCUGGACCAGAUACGAGAGGCCAUGAACCGCAUGCAGAAUGAGAUAGAGUUACUGAAGGCAGAGAAUGACCGGCUGAAGUCCAGUGGAAACACCACCCCUGCUGCCACACCUGCUAAAACAGCACGCCCUCCGUCCGAAACCUCCAGCACCUCUUCCUCUUCCUCACGCCAGUCUUUGGGGCUCUCGCUCAACAACCUCAACAUCACCGAUACCAUUAUGUCAGAUCUGCUUCUGGAUGACAGCUACGAAGGCAAUCUGCGGAAGGAGGGCCGGAGUGUGCGGAUAGUCAUCAACAUCUCUGGGGGCUCCAACAGGACCAAGGCUGUGCAGAGUCAGGAGUAUCUGAUUGGCUCCAUCGGCGUCAGCGGGAAAACCAAGUGGGACGUGUUGGAUGGUGUAAUAAGACGGCUGUUUAAGGAGUAUGUGUUUCGUGUGGACCCAUUGACGAGUCUGGGCCUGAAUUCAGACAGCAUAGUGAGCUACAAGAUGGGGGAUGUUAUCCGCUCUCAUGUCUCUGAGGUGCCUGAACUGCUGCCUUGUGGAUAUCUGGUGGGAGACAACAACAUCAUCAGCGUUACACUGAAAGGUGUACGGGAGAGCAGUAUAGAUGAUCUGGUGUUCGACACUCUGAUACCAAAGCCGAUAAUGCAGCGCUACCUAAACCUGCUGAUGGAGCACCGCAGGAUCAUUCUCUCUGGACCCAGUGGCACAGGAAAAUCACACCUGGCCACCAAACUGGCCCAUUACAUCAUCAAUAAAACCGGUCGAGAGGUGACAGACUCCAACCUCGCCUGCUUCAACGUGGACCAGAAAUCGAGCAAACUGGACCUGCAGCAGUACCUCUCCAGUCUGGCUGAGCAGUGCAAUUCAGAGCACAGUGAGGUGGAGCUCCCCCUGGUGGUCAUUCUAGAUAACCUGCACCACAUUGGCUCCCUCAGUGACAUCUUCAAUGGCUUCCUCAACUGCAAAUACCACAAAUGCCCGUAUGUGAUCGGAACAAUGAACCAGGGCGUCUCCUCCUCCCCAAAUCUGGAACUGCAUCAUAACUUCAGGUGGGUGCUAUGUGCAAAUCAUACAGAGCCAGUGCGGGGCUUUCUGGGCCGUUUUCUACGCAGGAAGCUGAUCGAGAUGGAGAUCGAUAAGAACAUGCGCAGUAAUGAGCUCAUCAAGAUCAUAGACUGGAUCCCCAAAACCUGGCAGCAUCUCAACGGCUUCUUAGAAGCACACAGUUCAUCAGACGUUACUAUAGGUCCCCGGUUGUUCCUCUCCUGCCCAAUGGAUGUGGACGGAUCUCGGGUUUGGUUCACUGACCUGUGGAACUACUCUCUGGUGCCAUACUUACUGGAGGCAGUGCGGGAGGGGCUGCAGUUGUACGGUAAAAGAGCUGCAUGGGAGGACCCUUGUAAAUGGGUAAUGGACACGUACCCCUGGAACGCUGCAUCGUUGCAGCACGACGGACAGUCUCUGUUACAACUGCGGCCGGAGGACGUUGGGUACGAUGGGUACAGCUCGUUUAAAGAUGGAGCCUCAUCCAAACAAGUGUCCCAGAGUGACACGGAGGGAGAUCCACUGAUGAAUAUGUUAAUGAGGCUGCAGGAAGCCGCUAACUACUCCAGCGCUCAGAGCUGUGACAGUGACAGCGCCAGUCACCAUGACGACCAGCUCGACUCCUCCCUCGAGUCAGCCCUAUGAACCCCACCCCUUGGAGGAGGCGGAGGCUUCUUCUUAUUGGUUUUUCAGAGAUGGCAGAUCCGAGCGGCUGCCGGACCUUAGUGGACGGUGCGAGUGUCCACUUAGGCUGGGGUACCAGAGGCUGAAGUUUGCAGAAGCGAGAGGAAAAAUGGCGCGUGCAGAAACAAACACUGGUGAAACGUGCAAUUUAAAAACAAAACAAAACAACAAACAACAACUGGAAGUUCUGGUUUGUUUUCUUUUGGUCAGUGUCAUCCAUACUGACCCCUUAAACCCUAGGCUUACUAUUCCAUUAUUAAUCGUAAAGAAGUCAAAAAUGCUAAUGCUGCUAAUGGUGAAUGAAAGCGAAUAAGAACCAGUUAGCAUUAUGAAAUGCUAAUUUUGCUAGAUGGUGGCUACUGGCUAUUUGUAGUCAGCCUUGGUAGCAUGUUUAGUCAAACUAUUACUUUAAGGCUUGCUAGGAAUUAUUCGAUAGAUAUUAACUUAAUUCAAGAAACUGAAAUGUGGGCCCUCAUAUAGAUUCUUAGAGUUUAAGGGGUUAAAUGCAGUUGUUUACACGAGUCUUUUUCAGUUUGCUGGUGAAAAAAAAGGGGCGAAGUGCUAAAUCAUGACCUCAGUGGACGUCCUGGUGCUGCUGUGGUGCCACAGUUCCCGUCGUUUACGCGCCGUUCACACCUAGCCAACAAAGCACAAGCCUCGCCUCGUGUCAUUUCUACUGUGAAACCUUUCGCCAGUGCUAACACACGCUCACUCAGUACACUGCCAACAACAGCGAACCCUUACAGCCACCCUGUUUAACAGCUAAAGAGAAAGUAAAGCUAACCAAGUGCAGUGUUGUCUUUUUUGACUCCGUGGCCAUGUAUGCAGUUCUCUUUCUCUCCAUUGGGGAGCAGCAGAGUGCUGGGCAGUGCUGUGGAUGUUCGGACAGAAGAAAAAUGGAACUCACCUGAUUAUUGGUGCUUUUUUGCUGCCUUAAAUGUGCUGAGCUGUGGCAGACGUUGGAGUAGGCCUGUAUUCUUAUGAAAAGCAUCGACUUAGGAUGAAAUUCGAAACCAUAUGUAUCCUAAUAAAUGCCACGUCCACAUAUUUUUAUUUUUGUUACCUUGACAAGUGAGUGUUAAGAGUCAAGACGCAGCAUUACGAAAUGGUCUAAAUGUAAAAUAAGUGAAUAUGUGAUAUCUUUAUGUAAUCCCAGUUGAGCUGGGACGAAUUGAACUGAGAUGAGCACAAAUCUGACAAGUUGCUUGGCUAGCAUGGCAUUGUUUUUUUGUUUGUUGUUUGUUUGUUUUUUGUUUCAUUUUUUCUUUAUCGUCUGUGUGUGUCCAUAUGUGUGAAUGUGUGCGUAGAGGCAUUUGGAGUGUUAACUCCAGGCACCAGCUUGUGUGCAGUCAUUUGAAAAUUCAUCCAUGGUUUUUUGUUAAAAAAGUUUCUUUUUCUUUGCAAAGUUGAGAGUUAUUUGUAAAUAUUCGCGUCUUGCACAGUUUCACAGUUUCUCAAUGACGCAUUCUACCCAGUUCAACUUCCCUACCUGCUCUUUUUGCCUAGCAGUAAGCUGUAGUGUUUUACAGAACAGAAAAAAAGAAAAAAAGCAAACCAGCCAGCUAUCCAACCCUCAUGUUUUGUAACGAUUGGUCUGAAAUAAAAUAUUCAGUGAGAAGUGAACUGUUUUUAUAAUCCUGAAAACAUCAGUGUUCAAUUUACUGUCCAAGGUGCAAAAUCAUGUGGUUCAAUCAGUCGGAUUCAUUAACUCAAAUUUAGAUCCCCUGACACUUUUUCUUCUAUUUAUCUCUAACUUUCAAUAACGUCAUGGACACAAUAACUGUGUCCAAAUUGCAAAAAUAAAACAGAAUAACCUGAAGUAAAAUAUCAGAAAAACAAAACCAUUUUACUGUGAAAUGAUUUUAAUUUCGUAACAGUUUUGCACAUUUUUUUUUCCAGAUUUGUUUACAGAAAGUGAGUCACGGUUUUAGCCUGCUGUCCUAAAGGUGCAAAGUACUAACAGUCACACAACAGGUGCUAUGGAUAACCUUGACUUUCCAACAGUGCCAGCUGAACCUCAGGCCAAGGUUGCAUCCGAAAUCGCACUUAUUUUGCAACGAGAUAACGUAUUAUUCUCCUGACUUAUGUAUAAUGGCUUUAUACAGUUUUUGGCUGUAAUAGUCGCCCCAAGAACUUUGAAUUUUUAAAUUUUUAUGAUGAAAAUACUCAAAUUGCCAAAAGGUCUAAAUAUGAAACCAAAAUAUCCUAUAUGGCCAAAAGUAUGUGGACCUCCUAGUUAUUGGGUUUAGGUGUUUCAGCUACAUUCAUUGCUAACAGGUGAAGAAAAUCAAAACACAUAGCCAUGCAGUCUCCAUAGACAAACACUGGCAGUAGAAUGGAUCAUACUGAAGUGACUUUAAACGUGGAACUGUCAUAGAAUACCGCCUUUGAACAAGAACUGUGCACUGGGAGCGUCAUAAAAUGGGUUUUCAUGGCUGAGCACCUGUAAACAAGCCUAAGAUAACAAUGUGCAGUGCCAAGCGUCGGCUGGAGUGGUGUAAUCACGCCAGCAAUGGACUCAUUGGAAACGUGUUAUCUGAAGUGAUGAAUGCAUGCUUUACUAUCUGGCAGUCUGAUUGACUAAUCAGGAUUUGGCAGAUGCCAGGAAAACUAACCCUACCUACCGGAGUACAUAGUGCCAGCAGUAAAAUUCCAGUGAAGCGUAAUGUUAAUGCUACAGCAUACAAAGACAGUUUGGGGAAGGCCAUUUCUUAUUCCAGCCUACCUGUGCUCCUGUUCUAAGGUGAGCUCCAUAAAGACAUGGUUUGACAAGCUUGGUGAGGAGGAACUCCAGUGGCCACACACAUUCCAACAGACACACUGCAAAAUCUUGUGAGAAACCUUCUCAAAAGAGCAGAGACCAUUAAAGCCGAAAACAGAGGGCAGGGCAGUGGACAGAUCCAUUUUUGGAAUGGAAUAUUCAACAGACUCAUAUAGAUGUGAUGGUCAGUUUUCCACAUACUUUUGGCCAUAUAGUGUAUCUCAUUUAACACCACUUCCCCAGAAUCUGUCACAUUAUAAAGCCACACCCCCUCAUAAUGAUGCUAAGAUUGAAUGGUGUCAAGUAUUUGCACACUAUGAAGUUUUACCUGAUGUACCCUCUUAAUGGUGCUACAUGGUUUCUUUAGAGUGAUGCCAUAGAAUAACAACUUCUGGUUCGAUAAAACAUUUCAAUCGAUGGUUCUACAGAACUAUUUUUGUAAAGGAUAUGUGUGAAGAACAGUUUAAAAAAACCUGCUCAUGAUGUAAUGAAAAAAAUACAUCUUCCCACAUUCCGUUUACUAAAAUGGUUCUUUAAAGAAUUGUCCAUUGAACCAAAAGUAGUAGGCAUUGCUCCAAAGAGUACAGUAUAUCAUUAUGGGUAUUUACAGUAGAAGUAGCGAUUUCGGAAGCAAUAUCUCUCAGAUCCACCUCCUCAGGCACGAACCCCACAGAGUUACGCCCACUAAUGGCUCCCUUCCUAACCUGGUCAAUGCCUCAAUACUCUUUGUGUUCUUUUUCUGUUAAUUCAGUUUUUUUUAGUCUGUAGUUUAUACUGGUCUGUUCUGCUCCAUAGAAAAAGUCUUAAACUUCUGAAUGUUGUGCCUGUUGCGUUGUUUGCUGACCACAGGCUUCGUCUAACAUAAAAUCACCAAACCUGCCCUUUAUUGAAUAUGCUGAUCAAAUUUUGGCUCCUAAAUCUCAUCCUCAACUGCCUGAAAAUCCAGACUUCACAAGCUUCAAAAUAUUCCUGAACAUUGUAACAGUGUCUAUGGUACAUCUUUUCAUUUUUCUUUUUUUUUCAUUUUUUAUUUUAUUUUUACUUAUUUUCAAAUACACCUUGGUGAGAGCAUACCGUUUAUUUCUUUCAGAGUAUUUCUUUUUAAGUGGAACAUUUGUGCGUAAAUGUUUUAUAUUUUGUACAUUUGUAAGUAACAUAUCAUGUAAAUAGUAAGAGACCACAAUUUAAAUCAUCUGGAGAAUUUUGUAGUCUUUGUAAAACCCUAAUAAAUGGUGUUUGGUGUCACCUGA